CGCGGUGAUUGUGCUGCUGCAGGCCGCGCGCGAGCAGCUCAACGCGCCGGCGUCGAUUUGGAUUCCUGGUCUUGGGGAGUCGCGGUACGAGCUGGUCCCGUGGCUCGGCUGCCGGUGCUCGUGGCCGUGCACGCAGCUCUGCUGGCACUGGCUCUUUAUGAACACGCAGACGCUGGCGACGGUCUGGAUGACGGUGACGGUCCUGUUUCUGUGGGUCCUCCUCGAGGGGCUCGUCAUGGACCUGUACAUCCUCAAGGUGCCGGGCAAGACGUCGCUCGCGCACCCCUUCUUUUGGAGCGACUACGUCGAGGGCACGCAGCCCUUCUCGCUCAAGAUGGCCAUGAUGCUCGGGUACACCGUCUUCCCGUUCUUCGUGCUCGGCUUCCUCUUUGGGGGCAUCAGCAAGGGCACCAAGGGCGACGAGGACACGAAGCCGCAAAACUACCUCACCUCGUACUUCAACACGCUCUACCAGCUGCGCAUCCUCCUCCGCUCGCUCGCCGCGAGGCCCGAGACCAGCACCGACUCGUACUGCACGCUGGUCUACUGGACCAUCCUCGUCGAGAUUUGGACCGUCAUCCUGCCCGCCUACCUGCCCUUCCUGUGUCCGCUCGUGCUGCAAUUCUACUUUGAGGGGUCGCUGCAAAACAUCUCGAAGCUCUACGUCGUCUUCGUCAUCGGAAGCAUCCGCCGGCGGCCGGCGAUGCUGCUCAUGACGUGCGGCCUCUGCGCAGGUGGCUUCGGCCUCAAAUUCGUGCAGUUCCUGCUCUGCCUGAGCCCCGACACACAGCGGGCCACGACCAAGGUGUGGGCGGGCCGCCGCGCGCAGAGCGAGUGGCGCAGCGCGCAGUACCUCUACCUCUGGGCCCUCUGGCUCUUCAUGCUGCUCAUCGGGCUGAUGAUGAAGUGGAAGAUGACCUACCUCUGGCUGUGGACCGGCUACGAGUACUGCUUUGCCGGCGUCCAAGCUUGCCCACCGCACACCGGGCCGGCCAUCCACUGCACGCAAGUCCUGACGACCGCUGCCUUUAUCGCCGGCUUCGUCUUUCUGCGCGGCUGCUUCCUCUUCCCGUGCCUCUGCGCGCCCGAGCUGCCCGCGUGGCUCUUUUUCCCGCCCGACAACCCGCCGCCCAACCCGAUCGGCGAGGGCGACAUCGACUGGCAGGCGGCGAUGCUCAUGCUGAGCAGAGCCCUGCGCGGCUUCCCGCCGCCGGAGGACUGCGUGUGGGCGCCACCCGUGGGGGAGGCGCCCGCCACGGAGCUGUGGAGACACGCAGGCGCGUGGGGUCUCUGAGCUACGUAGCAGCAGCCAAUGUACUGGAGUAUACGGGUUUGGUUUUCGCGCGCGACUGUUGUACGUCUCACGGCGUGUAUGUGUGUCGUACUCGCACGUACCGUGUGGAAUGUGUUGUGUGUCUCGCGCCGUCGCCUCUUCAGGCCGUUUCAGCACUUCUUUUUCCCAUGUGAAUCACCCAUGUCUU